ACUCUCGGGAGCGCUCCUGUGUGCGCUGCAUAAGAAAGAAAUUCCAGUCAGUGAGCUAGGCGGCUGGGAGGAAGGCUGGGACGCUCGCUGGUGAAUUCACCGGACUCUUGGGGACGUUCAGCGGAGCCAUCUCUUCGGUCCCCUGAGUUUGGGAGAAAUGUGCACGUGGAAUUAGAGCUAAGUCACUGGCCUCCACUGAACCCGGUGCGGGAUGGCUGGGGGUAUGGGGUGAAGGAGCCCCGAGUCCCGCUUGGGGCCCCAACAAUCCUCCACUUCUGAAAAGAAUGGUUGGCAGCCUAGUCUCCCUCCAAGACCUCUCUGCAUGACAAUCGGACUCUGCCGGCCAGGCGCCUGGCGAAGGCAAGACACCGCCUCCUUCUCGCGCUCCACCUCCAUUCACCGAAAGCCCCUCACCGCCUCAGGAGAGCCCCCGCGUCUAACCCCUAAUCUGAUCAACAGUUUCAUGGCCAAUAACCACAGCGGCAGUGUCGGGGGUGGCGGCAUUGGUGGUGGCAACAGUGGCAGCAGCAACAGCAACACGAACGAGUGCCGGAUGGUCGACAUGCACGGAGUGAAGGUGGCUUCAUUCCUGAUGGACGGCCAGGAACUGAUCUGCCUGCCGCAAGUCUUUGAUCUUUUCCUCAAGCACCUGGUGGGAGGGUUGCACACGGUGUACACUAAACUGAAGAGACUGGACAUAUCCCCCGUAGUGUGUACUGUGGAGCAAGUUCGAAUCCUUCGCGGGCUGGGGGCCAUCCAGCCCGGAGUGAACCGCUGCAAGCUCAUCACCAGGAAAGACUUCGAAACUUUGUUCACAGAUUGCACAAACGCCAGGUGA